ACAUAUUUUUUUAAUCACCACUUAGUUUUUUCUUUUUUUUCUUAAUUAUUUACUUUUUUUAAAGCUGCCCUACUUGUUCUCCAAGAUUCCAUGUCACUGAACGUUUGCUCAACUGCAACCACAAAGCAUUAGGGAAGUCUUUUUUGGUGUUUUUCUCUGUAGUCUUGUCAAAGUAUUCUCAUUAAAUGAAAGACACGAGUGUGCGGUAUCUCAAAUUCUUUUGAACAACUUCUUCAGCCAGGGUUUGUCCAUUUCUCCUCCCUGAGGAUGGACCAAGGUGGUCCGAGCCCUCAGAAAACCUUUGUGUCAACUUUUCAUCUGGUGCUUAAGCCAUCCGCCCCCAAGUUUGUAGAAAGGGGAGCGCAGGAUGGUCACAGAAGGAAUGUUCAGGGGAACAGCAAACUGAAAAACGCAUCCAAAGGAAACGAACAGACCCCUACGCAUCCUCUUAAGGAUUCUCAUGUGAAAGAACCUCUGAGGAAUUGCAAAGUUGAAGCCGGAAGUGAUGACACAAAUAAUGGCAUUAUCGCAGGAAGUCAGUCUCUCAGUGUUUCCUUGUUACACAACGGUCCUCCAGUGGAGUUCAAGGACUCCCAAGAGCAGGUGGAGGUGAGGGCCGGGGAACCAGUCAGGCUCCACUGUGUCUUUACCAGUCUCUGUCUUCCUGUGGUGUCCUGCUGGGUCCACAACAGAGAAAAGGUGCUUGUAAAUGGACCACGGAACCAUGUAAAGAGUGGUGAGACAGAGAGCUGUGUGGAGAUAUCCCAGACUUGUCCAGAUGACGCCGGCUCCUACACCCUAGUGGUGCGGAACCGAAGGGGCUGUGCUUAUCACACAGUGGUUCUCAGUGUCAAAGACCGCCCCCAUCGCCCAGCCUCCAGCCCCAUCAUCUCCCAACUCUCCUCCAAGUCUUUGGUCCUCUCCUGGACUGGGCCUAGCUAUGACGGCGGAAGCGCCAUCACUGGUUACAUAGUAGAAGUCAGACAAGAGGUUCCUGACAAGCCUGGGGACUGGACUGAACUGACCACCCACUGUAUGAACACCUCGUAUCGGGUACGCUCAGGCCUGGAGCCCCUGGGGCAGUAUCGCUUCAGGGUGAGGGCCUCCAACUCUGUGGGGACCAGUGAGCCGAGCAACAUGUCCGACUGCGUCAAGAUGGACACUAAAGGAGAAAAGAAAGAAGAGCCUGAAUCUUACGUCACUUUUACCAUUGACACCAAAAACAAAGUAAAAGACCAUUACAACAUACAUGAGAAGCUGGGGGUGGGCAAGUAUGGACAGGUGUUCCGUCUGGUUCACAGAGAGACAGCUCAGGUGCAUGCUGGGAAAUUUUACAAAGGACGCAGUUCCAAGGAAAAAGCUGCAGCACUCCGAGAAAUUGAGCUUAUGAACUGUCUCCACCACCCCAAACUGGUCCAGUGCCUGGGGGCUUACCAUACCCGUUCUGAGAUUGUCAUGGUGUUGGAGUACAUUGCCGGAGGGGAGCUGUUUGAACGCAUUGUGGACGAAAACUACGAAUACAAUGAGCCCACAUGUGCUCGCUACAUGCAGCAGCUCCUGGAGGGUAUCCAGUAUGUUCACAAGCAGAAUAUCAUCCAUCUGGACCUUAAGCCUGAGAACAUCGUGUGUGUGGACACCACUGGAACCCGGAUCAAGAUCAUUGAUUUUGGCUUGGCCCAUAAACUAGAGCCUGGUGUUUCAUUGACAGUGUUGCAUGGAACCCCAGAGUUUGUGGCCCCUGAGGUCAUCAAUUAUGAACCAGUCAGCCUGAAAACAGACAUGUGGAGCAUUGGAGUCAUUUGCUUUGUCUUGUUGAGUGGUGAGUCCCCAUUCCAGGGUAACAGUGAUACAGAGACCUUGGCUCAAGUGACGGCUGCUUGCUACAAGUUUGACGAGGACAGUUUUGAGGACAUCUCUGACCAGGCAAAAUACUUCAUUGACUCCCUUCUCAAGAAGGACAUAAGAUGUCGGUUGUCAUGUGACGAGGCUCUGGCCCACCAUUGGUUGGUUUCCUUCACCUCCAUGAUCCGCCGACCCACCAAGUCCCUCAGAAAAGACAAGAUGAAACACUUCCUGGCCAGACGCAAAUGGAGGAAAACAGGUAAAGCUGUUCUGGCACUACAACGUAUGGCCAACCUCUCCAGCAAGCCAUAUCCUCCUUGCAACUCUGGGGAGGAACCUAGCUGGGGACCUGAAGCAAAGCUGGCAAUCCAGUCUUUGGAGAAGAAGCUAGAGAAGGAGCCGUACUUUGACCAGGUCCUAAAGGACACCACCUUACCCAGUGGUGCCACUGCCCGCCUGGCCUGCCACAUUCAAGGUCACCCAAAACCACAGGUAGAAUGGCUCCACGAUGGAAUCCCUGUUGAGCAGUCUGCCAGGGUCACUGUUGAGUAUGAAAAGGAUGGCCUGUGGGCGUUGGUCCUGACUGACCUGGUUCCUGCCGACUCUGGAGUUUACGAGUGCAGAGCCACCAAUGACCGAGGAAGGGCGCUGUCUACAGCCAAACUAACUGUUGAGCUCUGAACAACAAAUGCUGUGAAAAGAGGAAGAUUGGGUAUGGUCUCAACUGUUGAUCCACGCUAAAUGUUUCUAAAGGUGAAAAUAGCCUUUCUGAGUUUUAAAACAUUAUCAGAAUGUACUUAGUGGAAACAAGCAUGAAGGGAAGGUGAUAAAUAUUGUGUAUGUAUAUUUCAGAAUACCAUUAGAUUUAUUUCACAUUUGUUCUCUGAUCCACAACAUGGAAAGAAAAAGCUGUUUGUCAUGCAGCAUUUUAAUUAAGUCAACAUUUUUGUCAAAAUGGUAUGCAUGGAAAAGAAUAACGUGUUUUUGGGGAAACUAGACUCACUAUCAACUGUGCAUUCGUUGGGUUUGCUAGUAGGAUGAGAAAAACCUUUGGAAUCAAGGUUAAAGUAUAGCUGAUUCAUCAUGAUCCAUUUAUUUAGCUUGAAAGUUGUGGGAUAGCUUUUAACUAAUUCAUUUUGAUGUCUGAAAUAUUAUUUAUUUACAGUGCAUUUUGGUCUUCAGAAAAUAUAGUAAGGAUUGUCUGAUUUUCAUAAUCAGCCUAAACAAUGAUUUAUAUAUAAAAGCAGAUCCAUUUUUAAGCAACAGGGCACAAACUCAUUAACCACUUUCCAUGUAAAUCCACAGGCCAUUUUCAUUUUUAAAAUCAGCUAACAAAUGCAGCAUUGUAAAUUAAUAAACAAACUACAUUUAAAAAACUACUGUGAAAAGUCAUUUAGGCACCGAGUCUUGUUUGGAGUUACAUCCACCUGGUUUUGCGAGAACGGCACAUCAGUCUUUUCAACUGUUCAACCAUCGCCACUAAAUG